AUGGCUGCAGGUGGGAAGGACCACCACUUCCGUUCUUAUGCCCCCUGCGCACAGCAAAAGUACAGCGACAUCCCCUGUCUGUGGGAAUCACGAUGCUCAGGCUGUCUGAGGAUACGUUGUGCCUUCCAUCACAGCAAACCUCGCUAUAUAAAUGAACGUUUUCUGCCACCUAGUAACAACGCCCCAUUGCAACAGGGUGCCCAAGGAGGGAUUCUGCCUCCAGCCCAUCGUCAAGAAUCACUCAGAAUAUAAGAGAAUAUCGUACUACCAAUUCACCCUCCGCUGAUUAUAAACCUCAAUGACGACGACGAUGAUGAAGAGGACGAUGAAGAGGAAGAGAACUGUAAACAGUGUGUUUCUAACUGGGUGCCUAAGACUGCUGCAGAUAUGGAAGAGGAAAGAGCAAUAAAGGAAAUAUGCUAUAGAUCUGGAGAGUAUUACAGGAUUCAGGAACCUCACAGACAGCCAUCAGCAAAAGCUGUCUCUUCACCUCGGGAAAAUGAGCUAUCAUCGCUGGAAGCUACCAUGCAAGACUUGCAGAAAGAAAUAAACCACACUGAACUGGUAAAGAACCAUGGCGAUAAAGAAGAAAAGGAAAAGAAAUGGAUUUCAGUGGAGCCAACAAAUUCACCUACUACAGCAACAGGCAAAGGUAAUGGUAAUACAAUUCCCACAAAACCGAACAAUUCAGAAAGAGAAGGAGAGCAUUCCCGAAGGAAAGGACCAGCAGACACUAUUCGCAACAUGGAUCACAGAUGCUCUGAAAAUGGAGGAAUUCACACUUCAAAGCCCAAAGUAAAAUCACGUUACCAACAAAGGGGCGAAAGUAUGGCUGAUGAAACUGCUUCUUCUGCUCCUUAUGUGAGAGAAACUGGAAGAAAGACUUACUUCAGUUCUUCACAGCCUCGAAGAUCAGCCCGUGUCUUCUACCGCUCUGUCACCAUCAGCCAAGAACAAAAGGUCCAUGGAUCUACAGACAAAUAUACUUCAGGAUCUUAUAACGCACCAACUUGGCAGAAACGAAAUCCACGUGCAAAAACGUUCUCCAAGUCUAAAACAACCGUUCAGCCUUCCGGGAGCGUACAGGGAAAGCUCAGAUUUCAAAGCGUGGCCCUCCCGGGAGGACUUCCCCUUCGCAGGAAAACGGCCGCCCUGAAGGCAGCCGACACUUGUGACUGCACAUCUGUCUGUGAGGUGAGGAAGCAGGUGAGGAAGCAGAGACUGUCUGACUUUCCAGAGGCUCACCGAGCUCGGCCCUUGCUCCAGGGGCAAGGCUGGGAGAGGGACCGUUGGUUUCGUUUACAGACCAUGGUAGACAGAACAAAAGUGUUGCAGAAGGAAGCCAGAGUUACAAGAGGGAAGGUGACGUGUGGAAAACAGACUCCACAAUCUGUAAGACUGACCCAGAGGGCUGGUCAGGCUGAGGCGACAGUAGAUUCUCUGCAAGCGGCGAUAGAAAUGCUGCGGGAACAGCUGCGGGAGAACAAACAGCUGCUGGAGGAGGAGAGGUGCCAAAACGUGAUACUGACGGAGGAGUGA